CCCCGGCCGGGAGCCCGCUGGGUCACGAGUGGGCUCCCCGCGACCACCGCCAGGGAUUGGGACCCCCGACACCGAACGGGGUCCCGGAGACCCCCUGGGUUCCAGGCGAGGCCGAUCACCGCAGGAAACCCGUGCCAGGCUCAGAAUCCCCCCCACGGGCGGGGGUGGCAGCAGCGUGGGGGGGGGGGGGGGGACACGGGGCAGCAGCACCGGGCGGGGGGUCACGGGGCUCUCCGGGGUCUGUCCCGCACACGCGGCCCCCGGGCACGGUCCCGCACGAGCAGUCACACCAAGCACACGGACCCCUCCGGGCGCGGGUGGGACCCCCCCGGGGUGCGAGUCCCGGGUGGGCGCUGGAAACACCCCCAGCAGAAAAGAUCGGGUCCCCCCGUGUCAGUGCGAUGGGGGUCCCCUCGUGGGUGUCAGAGUGGGGGUCCCCCCGCCUGUGCAGAGUGGGGGUCUUCCCAUGUCGGUGGGAUGGGGGACCCCUCUGUGUGUGUCAGAUCGGGGGUCUCCCCACGUGUGCCCCCCACCCUGCACACCAGGGCCCCCCUAAGCUGGGGGGGUGGAGGGUCCCCGUGGACCCCAAAUCCACGUCCCCGGCAGGUGCUGAGAGCGGGGGGGCAGCACCUCCAAACCCCCUCCCCGGGCUGGGGGGUCUCUGUGUCCCCCCGCACUCCCUCCCCCCCGGAAAAGGGCCGGAGCGUGUGACCGGGGCCGCACACACAUGAACACACGUGUCCCCACGCAGCACACGGGGAGGGGCUGGGACCCCCCUUUUUUGGGGUGGGAUUAUGCAAAUGAGAACCCCUUUAAAUCCCCCCGUUCCCGACCCCUUCGCCUCUACCCCGGCGGUGCCGAGCGUGGGGGGAGACGACACGGAAGGACCAUGUGGGUGCUGAGGGUGAUCGUGGUCCUGGGGACCCUCCUGGCCUUGGCUGCAGCUCAACGUCGAGCCGGUGGCCGGAGCCGCGAGCGGAGCCGGGCCUGGAGCGGGCGGCCGGCGGCGUUCCGGAGCUGGGACGCGGGGCUGUACCGGCCGUGGCAGGAGGGGAUGCGCGACUGCUGGCGAGGCGGCGACGUCACCUUCGACAUCAGCAACGACGCUCCCACCAUGGCGGGCGCCGACGCCACGUUCUCCAUCGCCCUGCGCUUCCCCGGCACCCAGGCGGUGCUGCCCGACGGCCGCGUCGUCUGGAGCCAGAACUGCACCGUCAACGGCACCCGCGUGGCCCGAGGCGAUCCCGUCUUCCCAGAGCAGCCGGACGAGGACGUGGGCGGCGUCUUCCCCGACGGGCAGCCCUUCCCCAGGGGCAAGCGGGGCAAAUUCGUCUACGUCUGGUGGACGUGGGGGCGCUACUGGCAGGUGGUGGAUGGGGCGGCGUCGCGGCUCACGGUGGGCACGGCCGGGAUCCCCCUCGGCUCCUACACCAUGGAGGUCGUUGUCUACCACUACCGUGGCCGUCAGAAGUUCAUCCCCAUCGGCCGUGCCAGCACUCAGUUCAGCGUCACCGACCAGGUUCCCUUCGCGGUGGACGUGAAGCAGGUGCAGGACGUGGCGGCGGGCGACGGGCGCUUCGUGCGGAACCGCGCCGUGGCCUUCACCGUGCGGCUGCACGACCCCAGCCGGUACCUGCGCGACGCCGACGUCGCCUACUCCUGGGACUUCGGGGACCAGAGCGGGACCCUCAUCUCGCGCAGCCCCACCGUCACCCACACCUACCUGGAGGCCGGGUCCUUCAACGCCCGCCUGACCCUGCAGGCCGCCAUCCCCCUCAGCCCCUGCGGCACCUCCGCCGCCCCCAUCGUCAACCCCACCACGGGCCCCCCGCCCUCGGUGCGCCCCACGCCCACCCAGCCCGCGGGCACCACGCCGGGCGAGCAGGGCACCACCGGGGCGCCCAGCACCGCUCCCACAGCCCCCAUCGAGCCGGCGGAGCCCACGGGGGGAUCGGCGGCUGAGCCCUCAGACCCCGCUGGCACUGAGCCCUCAGACCCCGCUGGCACCGAGCCCUCGGACCCCGCUGGCACUGAGCCCUCGGACCCCGCUGGCACCGAGCCCUCAGACCCUGCUGGCACCGAGCCUGCCCUCCUGGCGCUCAGCACCGCCGUGAGCGGCACCGGGACCGGCUCUCCCGCCGUGUCCGGGGCUCCCCUGCUCCCCACCUCGGUGGCUCCGGCAGGGGACACGCUGGUCACGGUGGCCCCCGCGCCCUCGGAGGGAACGGUGGCUGCAGAUGCAGAGACAGACGGAGCCACGGAUGGUGCCACAGCUGGUGCCACAGCUGGACCUGCAGCUGAAGCCACAGUGGGAGCCACAGCUGGAGCCACAGUUGAUGCCACAGCUGGAGCCACAGUUGUAGUCACGGUUGAUGCCACAGUUGAAGAAACAGUUGAUGCCACAGCUGGAGCCACGGCUGGAGCCAUGGUUGAUGCCACAGCUGGAGCAACAGUGGGAGCAACCGUGGGAGCCACGGCUGUAUCCCUUGCUGCUGCCACAGCUGCUGCCACGGCUGGAGCCACGGCUGGAGCCACUGCCGGAGCCACCGCCGGAGCCACCGCGGCGCCGCUGGUGCUGGUGAAGCGCCAGGCACCGGCCGCAGACUCCACCGGCUGCAUCCUGUACCGCUACGGCACCUUCUCCACCCAGCUCGACAUCGUCCAGGGCAUCGAGAGCGUGGCCAUCGUGCAGGUGGUGCCGGUGGUGCCCGAGGGCGGCGGGAGCAGCGUGGAGCUGACGGUGACGUGCGAGGGGAGCCUCCCCCAGGAGGUGUGCACCGUGGUGGCCGACCCCGAGUGCCAGACGGCGCAGACAGAGACGUGCUCGGCCGUGGCACCCGCGCCCGGCUGCCAGCUCGUGCUGCGCCAGGACUUCAACCAGUCCGGCCUCUACUGCCUCAACGUGUCCCUGGCCAACGGCAACGGCCUGGCCGUGGCCAGCACCCGCGUGGCCGUCGGAGGCGCUGCCCCGGCCUCGGGAAGCCCCACGAUUUUUGUGGGGCUGGUGCUCGUCGCCGCCGCCCUGGGCACGGCUGCCUACACCUACAGACGAGUCAAGUACACCCCCCUGCUGGCCAUGGCCCCCCCAGCCCCCCGGCCCCGGGGGUGGCUGCCCCCCGGCCCCGCCCUCCGCCUGCUGCUGCACCGGGCCUUCGGGGGGGCUCCGAGCGGCGAGAGCAGCCCCCUCCUCCGCGGGAACACCGUCUAGGGACCCCCCCCCGCCCCGCGCCGCCCCUGCCUGGCCCGAGCCCCCAGACCCGGGGGGGGCCGCGGGCCGUGGGGGGGUCGCGUGGCCUCGGUGCCACCACGAUUAAAGGCUCAUCUGCGCCGGUG